AUAGCCCACCUGCCUCUCCCCUGUUCUUCUCCUUUUCCUCACUUCCAUAUCUCCAAGCUUCCUGAUUUUCCUUUGUUUCUCUUCUUCUUCAACACUGUCACUCUUUCCCAUUCCAGAGUUCUCGUGAUUUCAUACCUCGUCUUGCUCUCUCCCCUGAUUCCAUUUAUUUUCCCGGAAAACUAUUCCGGCUUCUUCUUCGGUCCGGUUCUAUAGAUUUGUUCGCAGGAUUUACUUGGUAGGAGAGAAAGGUUUUGGAUGGAUUUUUGUGUGGGUGGCAAAGUUUAUGUACUGUUCUGGGGAUUUCUCUCUGCGAUCGAGCUUUGAUGCCUUCGAUUCGUGAUUGAUCAACAGAUCUAACAGAUAUUCUCGGGGGUAGAAGAACACUGAGUCGCUUCCUGGUUCUAAAUCCGCUGGGCAAGUUGAGAAGAUCUUGAUUGGUGAAAUUUGCAGCCAUGGCUAUCCAGGAUCAUAAUGAAGUUUCCGGAUACAACGGCCUUCCACUAGAAACGGAAGUAUUUCUGAGUUCUGGACUACGUUCUGCGUCCCUUGUUCAACCAAACGACAAGAUUUCUUGUGGGAAAGACCAUGCUCCAAAGGUCAGGAAACCAUAUACCAUCACGAAACAGAGGGAGCGAUGGACAGAUGAAGAGCAUAACAAAUUCCUUGAAGCUCUGAAGCUCCAUGGCAGGGCAUGGCGAAAGAUUGAAGAACAUGUUGGCACAAAGAGCGCAGUUCAGAUUCGAAGCCAUGCUCAGAAGUAUUUCACAAAGGUUCUUCGUGAGACUGCUGGGAGCAGCAUAAGCUCAGUGGAGUCCAUUGAAAUCCCACCGCCACGACCAAAGCGAAAGCCUUCUCAUCCUUACCCUCGGAAGCUGGUCGAAUUCCCUGAUAAAGCAAUCUCCAACGCAGGCCAGCCAAUGAGGUCUAAUUCUCUCAAGUCAUCAGAAUCAGAUCAGGAAAACCAGUCUCCGAAAUCAGUGUUAUCUGCGUUUGGUUUAGACACUCCCGGAUACUCUGAUUCAUAUAAACCAAAUGGAAGUCCAUCAGAGGAAGAUGGUUCUGCCCCGAAUGCCCAUUCAUCUCCUGAUCUACAAACUCUUCAGAAAUUUGAGCUUUUCCCUAGAGAGAGUGUUUCUACCAAAGAAGACGCAGCAGAAGAAACUUGUGGUCGGACUUUCAAGCUUUUUGGGACGACUCUUCUGGUAACAGAUCCGACAAUGAAGAAUUCAGAUAUAACAGAAGCUCCUGCUGGUUUUGCUCCUUGGGGGAGGGAAGUUGAAGAUAAAGUUGAAAAGGAAGUAGAUUGGUGUGGUUCAACCAUUACUAGCUCAAUAAGUGAUGGGGACAAUGAUGAAAACCCAGAUAUCGAAGCCAGAAGUCACAUGAAUCCCUACAGAAAGGGAGAAAAAUUGAGUCUUUUUGGGUACUUGACAACACCCAGAGAACCAUCAGCCAUAUCUGAAAUAUUGCAGAGGCCUAUAGGGUUUGUGCCAUAUAAAAGAUUCAUAGCAGAAAGAGAAAACCAGCCCUUGCCUAUAACAGUGGAGGAGAAGGAAGGCCAACGCCUUCGCCUUUCAUUAUUAUAGUUUCUUCCAUAAUCAGGUUUCCCCAAGCAAUUGUCCCGCCUGAAGAGGAGGAGGCUGAAUUUUUGACAUUCUGGUGCAUUUUUCAGCUGCUGAUUCUCCUGCUGUUCAUAUCCAUAAACCUACCUUUUCUUAUAAGUAAUUUCGGAAGUGACCCUUUUUUUCUUUUUCCAACCUCCAAAUACUACCAGGUAGUACAUGUAGGUCCUUUUUUUGGUAUUUGUUCGAAUUCUUUUUUCCUAGUUUGGACUGUAGAUUAUCUAGCAUUUUCCCCCUGUUGCCCAUGCAAAUUACUAGUUAAUAAAAUGAUGCUACUAUUAUGCUUAUAUAUACCUAAUGAAGCCAGUUCAAACUUUAA